GUGAAAAUAUAAACCCCAACACAGUAACCCAGUCAUCUCACUCUAACUAUGGACGAAGAAGAACUGAUUUUAUGUACUCACUGCAAUAAAGAGGUGGCGAAGGAAAACUAUGACCUGCACGAACCACACUGUAAGAGGUUUCUGUGCAUAUGCCCUGACUGCGAUGAAACUGUGCCUCGAGAUCAGCUGGAGCAGCAUAAAACCGAACAGCACACAGAGGUAAAAUGUAAGAUGUGCAAUAAAAAGAUGGAGAGAAGGCAUCUAUUGGAUCAUGAGAAAGAUGAGUGCACUGAGAGGCCUCUGAUCUGUGAGUUUUGUCAGCUUGAGCUUCCUCUGAGCAAUCUAAAAGAGCACAAAGUGUCCUGUGGGAGUCGCACGGAGCGCUGCUCUGACUGUGGCCGGUACGUUAAACUGAUGGACCAGCUUGAGCACGUUCAGAUCUGCUCUACUACCACCCCCACAGCAUCAAAGAACCUUGUCCCUGAGGAUGAUACUUCUGACACAUAUGAGCAGACUAUGUUGCAGUGUCAGAAUUGUCUGAAAUACAUUCCCUCAGACAAGCUGAAGGAACACAAGCUGCUUUGCAAACAGUCCUUACAGUUUGCAGACGUCGAGGACGAUGACUCAGAGGAAGAGGAUGAAAACCCCAAUCCUGGAAAUAACAGCACUCCAGACGCUGCAGAUUUCUCCUUCUCAUCAGUACAAAAGGCGAAGAGAGACAGAAACAUUGGCAUGGACCUGGAUAAGAUAAGCACCUGUCCGCUCUGUCACCUGGCUCUUCCUGUAAAGACGCUGGAAUGGCAUGAGACAUCUGAGCAUGGCAUGAUGGCUGGUGAAAUCAAAGCUAAAUAUGAUUCCGCAGACCAUCUACCAGAUGAAGAGGAUUGUGAAAAUAAGGAGAAACAUGGCCAUUUAUUGGGGGAGACCACAAGAUGGCAUAGUUUCAGUCAGGAUGGCCUUUCCUUAACGUCUUAAUAUUCCUAUAGUAUCUUUUAAUAAAUAUUACUUGAUAUGUUUUACUACAUUUUAAAAUGUAUUUUAUUGCUCUAUUUGUUCAUUUGUAAUUGAGUAGAAUUUUACUACAAUUUAUUAGAAUUUUAUUUUUAUUUUUUGCCAGUGGUAGUCCUCCUAGUAUGUAUUAUGUGACGAGGUUUGUAAAAAAUAUAGUUUUUUGAACAACCUGUUCUGCACUUGGAAACAAAAGUGCAAGAGAGACACCUAGUGGAUAUUUUUGUA